AUGAUGAUCUGGCGCGACGUCACCGCCAUCUCCGCUUCUAUCCGACUCCCAAAGUCGUCCGUACCUCCUGCCCCGAUCGCCCCUCCACCAAACCAGCGCUACCGUACUGACCGACAGCGGAAAUGUCGUUAUCUGUUGCCCAAGCCGCGUCAUGGAUCGAUCGGCACUCUGGCGAGAUCUGUGGUUGAUUUGCCUAGAUGGUCGUCCCCGUUGCUCACGGGCGACGUCGCCUCCUUUCCUCCAUCGGGCCAUCUGUCAUCGAGUCCUUCCAACCUCGAUGCCACCCUGGGUCUGCAGGCGCGUCGCAUCAUCCGUGCCACUGGCCAGUAUCUCGAUAAGAUCAGCCUCCUCUCUAACGGUGUCAUUCUCCGGGUGGACUUUUCCGUUCUCUUGUUGAGCACGUGCCUGCUCACGUGUCAUCCGGACGGGGCGCAUCGAAGGCAGUUGGAUGAUGCCACCUUGUAUCUGUCCCUAAAAUCCCUGCUGGCCCAGGCCCAAGCGAUUUGUCCACCAUUCGUGUACCUCAUUCAAGCCGCAAUCUUGCUCGCCAUCUAUGAGUACGCUCACGGGAAGCCCGACCGUCCCUUUGUUUCCAUCGGGGGCUGUGCGCGGAUGGCGCAUGUCGCAGGCCUAAAGUAUCCAUCAGGCCCGAUGAUGGGGUCCGGUUCACAGUUUCGGGAAGAGGAGUCCAAUUCGUGGUGGGGAACCAUCAUCUAUCCCACUGGCUUGACAGAACUUUGUGAAAUGGCGACUUGCUCCAACGUUGGGGGAUUCGGCAGGGCUGCCCAGGCCUCCUGGCUGCUGGAUCGCCUGCUGGACGAGUUGGACCGGACGCUUCAGUCGUUCCUCGCCAUGGCGAUCACUCUUUUCCUCUUGCAUUUGCAUGUGCUGGGUUGGUCUGCUCCGUCGUCGGCCAGCUUGGGUGCUGCGCUCGACACAGUCACGAAAAUGGUGGCUGACAUUGUUGAUUCGCGUGAGAAUAUCCCCUCCAAUCGACCGGAUAGCCUGACUCUUAGUGUGUAUAUCAUCCGUGCCACUCUGAAGCACAUCUAUAACAGCCCGCCAGACUCUGGGCUAAGGAGCGCUCAAGGGUGUCUUAACCGCUCGCUCCGUCAGUUUGACUACCGCUGGAAUGCGUGCGGGGGCUUCUAUCUGAGGGCGAUUGACUCUGAACGCGACCAAUAA